GAAGAAAGCAAAAAUUUGGCUAAUCUUCCUGUUUUACAAGAAAUGCAAACCUUAGUUCAGGAUGUGGAAAAAAAAGAAGACUUUGGUAAAAAAGUUUACGGAACUUGGGAUUAUGUUUAUGCGGGAGGAAUUGCCCUGGGAGUAUUUUUGGUUACCACUGACUCGGGAAUUACUAACCGUGAUGUUUAUGAUGAUCCCACUGAAAAAGCCAAAAAAUUAGCCACCAUGGAAGCAACUCAAAAAGAAUUGAAUGAUGCCAAAAGUCAACUAAACAAAAAUGAAAGCAUUAUUAAAAAAAACGAAACUGACAUCGCUAAAUUGUAUGAUGAAUUAAGUAAAGGUGCUGAGCAUCUGACAGAAGAACAAAUCAAAUCAAAAAAUAAUGCUCCGGACUUAACUUUGAGGGCAGCAACUGCUCCUGUUAUUUAUGUAAUCAGUGGGUUUGAUGGUGAUACCACCACAAAUUACGUUAAAGGUUCCGAUCAACCCGGAGACACUAAUACUGUCAGUAAAACAAAAAAUGCGGAGAAUAAAUUAAACGAUGACAAAGGGCAUAAGGAAGUCAUUGAUCGGUUAGAAAAAUUAGAACAGAAAACAGGAAUUUCCCAAAAAGAUAAUAUUGAUAAAAUAGAAGAAGUUAAGAAAAAACGGGAAGAAGAAAUUAAAGACUUGAUUGAGAAAAGCAAAGGUGCUUCCCCAGAAGAGAGAAAAAAAAUAAUGGAUGAAAUAGUGACUAAAACUAAGGAAGAGCAGGAAGCGAUUAAUAAGAUAUUACAGGAAAGUAAUCGCAAAUUAGAGCAAAAAAAAUUAAAUACCUUAGAAGAAGCACAACAGGAACAAAAGAAUGACAAUAAAAAACGAGCCGCUGAAUUAUUUAUUGAGGCUAAUAAACAUCAACAAACUAUCCAUACCCAAAACCAACUAAUUGAAGAGUUGAAAAAAAAGCAGAAAGAAAAAGAACAAGCCGCCAAAGAAUUAGUGGAAACACAAAGCCAGGACAAAUCAUGA